UCUUUAAAAAAAAAAAAAAAAAAAAAAAAAAAGGUAUUGAUUGUUUUUGGUCUAUCUGAUUAGAAAAAGACUUGGACGGUGGACAUGUACAGUGGCUAGUUUCAAAUCGUGCGGGGUUUAUAUGCUAUCGAUAUGCAAGGUCUCUGUCUGAGAUAUGAAGGCACAGACCGAUCUCUAAAUUUGAGGGGUUUGCAGCGUUUGCUGGUUUAUUUUUCUCUUCCUCCUUCACAAUUGUUCUUCUUCGGCUCAACAUGUAUCAGUUCAUGACGCAGAAACAGGCUGCAACGGAGAAAAAUGAAACGUUGCUUGACGUGGUAACAAUCAGGAUUUGUGAGAAAUUAGAAACACUGCCUCGUCUAACCAAUGCCUGUAGUAUCUAUAAAGUUCCUGAUAGACUAAGACUUGGGAAUGAAGGUGACUACACUCCUAAGGUAGUUUCUAUAGGUCCUUUUCACCAUGGCAAGGAAGAGUUGCGAACCAUGGAAGAGCACAAAUACAGGUACCUACGGGAUUUUCUUGCACGAGGCCUUGCAGCACAUUCACUCUACAGUUCUAACUACACCUACGACAGCGUACCUGACAGCCCCGAUUGGGUACCCGACAGCCUCGACUGCAUACCCGACAGCGUACCCAAAAGCGUGUCAUAUUAUGUUGAUUUGAUAAAGGAAAAAGAAGCGGAGCUGCGCAGUGCUUAUGCAGAAUCCAUCAAUCUCGGCAGUGAUGAGUUCGUAAGUAUGAUUCUAGUUGACACCGCCUUCACCAUUGAGGUGUUAUUAAGAUUGUGGAGCAGUGAAUUUCGAAACGACCAUGACCGCAUAUUUAACAAACCAUACAUGAUAAACGAUAUCUUCCCCGACAUGGUAUUGCUUGAGAAUCAGCUUCCCCUCUUUAUUAUUAAGGAUCUUUACCAAAAAGUGUAUCCGUUUCACGGGAAUUUUCCCCACAUCAAUGAACUUUUGGUUAGAUUCACCUCUGCUUUACUGGAUUUGAAUGUAGAGAUGGGUGAAAAUCCUUCCUCCCCCAUCAUUCCAAGGUGUAUAUCUGUUGCUCCUCGAGUAGUACAAUUGGAAAAUACUUGCUCGUCUAUCACGCCAAUAUGUAGAUGUGUUGAUCCUCGAGUAGAACAUUUGGUUGAUUUACUGAGAUACAUUUACAGACCGCCUAUUAAUUCUAGAGAGACACGGAAGAAAGCAAUUAUUACCACACCUAGCUCUGUAGAGCUGUGCCAGGCAGGGGUUCAAUUUAAGGUAAUGAAGUCAACAAAGUUGUUCAAAAGUUGCAUACAUGAUGACGAUUUCAAGAGUUGCAUAGAUUAUAUUGACUCCUUGAGGGUUCUGAAACUUACAAAAUUGACAGUAAGUAGGAAGACGGAGGUGGCAGUCAUGAAUCUGCUUGCCUUCGAACAGUGCAACCGCAUUGAUAUGACAGCUUACGCAAAUGAUUUUGUUGCAUUUUUGGAUUGCCUUAUUCACAGUUCCAAGGAUGUGGAUUUACUUGUGAAGCAGGAAAUCAUCGACAACAGGUUAGCUGACAACAGCUGUGCAUAUACUGUGAUAAAGAAACUAGGAAAUGCAGCUGCUGUGAGCUCAGAGAGUUUCUGUUUUGCUAGUAUUUGUGAAGAUUUGAAUCAGUACCACAACAGCCGUCGGAGCAGACUGAAGGCAGCUUUGAAUAAGUGGGCCAUAAGCCUGAGAAAAAACUAUUUCUAUUCUCCGUGGGCAAUUAUUUCUGUCAUUGCAGCUUUUAUUCUCCUCGUACUCACUUUCAUACAGGCUGUUUGUUCUAUUAUGUCUGUGUAGGUCUUCAAAUGUAUGACUAAUAUUUUCUUUAGUGAAUUUAUAUUUCUUGAAAA